AUGAGUAUUGAGGAAGGCGGCCUCGACGUCGUCGGUUUCGUCGUCGUCGGUGCCGGUGCCGGUGGGGGAGGGCUUGAAGUUGGUGACGGCAUCGCGGCCGCGGAAGCGCUGGGCGGCGACGUCGUAAGCCUUGGCGGCCUCGUCCUCCUCGUUGAAGGUGCCGAGCCAGACGCGCUGGUGCUUCUCGUAAAUCUGGGCGCCCCAGCGGCCGUUGGGCUGGGGGACGACGCCCUUGUAUUUGGAGGAGGGGAGCUUGCGGGACUCAGCUUCGAUGCCGCCGCCGACGCCGCCGCUGCUGAUUUCGGAGUCGAGAAUGACGCUGCUGGCUCCGCUGCCGAGGCGGCAGAGGCUGUUGGCGUGGGGUGA